UGGUUAUUCAGAGCAAUUAUGGGGAAAUGUUUGCCAUAUGUAGAUUCCUAUCUGCUGUUCUUGUUCCUAGAUCGUACGAUUAAAAGGGGUUUCUCGAUUCGAAUAUUGACACGAAACACAUGUGAAAUUGGAAAUAAUUUAAAAGAAACAGAUACUAUGAGCCUCAUAUUAAAAUAUAACGAAUCAUUUUACGAUAUCUUACUUAAAUAUUUUACAACGUUAAGUGAAAUUACAAACAUUUUUAAAUUUAUUGCCACUACUGGAUUUAUCGUAGUUGUUUCUUUUAUACUCAAUUACAUUCAUGAUUAUCGUUCUAAAAGAAUCACGAAUGAGUCGAAAUACGACUUAUUAGAAUUACAAAAGUUUAACACGUAUAAUCGAGUAAUUGCCAGACAUCAAAGUAUUAUCAGUCAUAAAGAAAUGUUAAAUGCUUUGGAAUAUGCGACUGAUAAAUGUUAUGACAAAUUUUAUGCAUUAAAAUGCAUUGAUAUAAUAGUAAAUUGUCCACAAUUGGUAAAUGUAAAAUCUCUACCUUAUGGUUUAACACCUUUCCACCGUGUCUGUUUCCAAGGUCAUAAAUGUUUAAUUGCUUUUAUGUUAGCAAAGGGUGCUGACCCUUCCCUUGUCACAACAAUAGGAGAGAAUGCUUUAUGUAUGGCUAUUUAUUAUUUUCUUAAUAAUCCAGUGGACGAUGACUUUUCUUGCCUUGAAAUGAUUGCAAAAACUGGAUGUGGAUUUGGCUUUGAAGACAAAUGGUACAAUAGCUUAUUAGAAAUGGCAUUUAAUAAUAAUCAUAUAAAAUUAGUACAAUGGUUAAUUUUACAUCAUAAACUCUCCUCGCACAAGUCCUUGCGCUGUUUUUCUACACCACCAAUAUGAAGGAAUUAUAAAUUUAAUUAAAUAUUAUGUAUAUAUAUAUUAAUCAUUAUUUUUAUUCAUUUUUGUAUAUGAUAUAUAAAAUGUAAGUUAUGAUAUGAUAUGAUAUAAAUUACAAAUAUAGGUUAUGAAUAAGAAAUGCAAUAUUUUGAUUAAUAUUUGUUAAUGUUAAUUAA